AUGGAGUCAGUGGAUGUGACAAUCAUCGGCGCAGGCUGGAGCGGCCUGGCUGCCCUCAAGACCUAUCACCAAGUCCAUCCCAAUGCCUCCAUCCUCCUCCUCGAGGCCGCCGACACCGUUGGAGGCGUCUGGGCCCAGCACCGCCUGUACGAGGGCCUCAAAUCCAACAACAUGCGGGGCACCUACGAGUUCAGCGACUUUCCCCUCGACGAUUCCUACGGUGUCGCGCCGGGCGAGCAUCUCCCCGGAGCGGUGAUCCAGAAAUACCUCACCGACUUCGCAGAGCACUUUCACCUGACCCCACACAUCCACCUCCGACGACGCGUUCGCACCAUCCAGCACGAACCCGACACCACUUGGACCUUGACCGUCGACCAUCUCGACCCUGAAACCCCCGAUGCGAUCACCGAAACCUCGACCCUACACACCAGCAAACUCAUCCUCGCGACGGGGAUCACCUCGCAGCCCUACCUCCCCGACUUCCCCGGCCAGGAACAAUUUACCCCACCAUUAUUCCACAUCAAGGACCUCCGCCACUACCAGGAUCAGAUCUUCGCCCCUCCGCCACCAGCCAUCUCCCCGCCCGAAGACACCAACACCAACGAGAGCAUCGUGAUCUUCGGCGGCACCAAGUCCGCCUGGGACGCGGUCUACGCCGCCGCGACGACCACUCCCUACCAAGUGGACUGGAUCAUCCGGUCGACCGGCCACGGCCCGGUCUGGAUGGCGCCGCCGUACGUGACGCCGCUGAAGAAAUGGCUGGAGAAGCUGGUGACCACGCGGCUGCUGACGUGGUUCAGCCCGUGCAUCUGGGGCGCCGCGGGCGACGGCUGCUCCACCGUGCGCCAGCUGCUGCACGGCACCUGGCUCGGCCGGAAGGUCGUGGACGCCUUCUGGUGGGUGCUGGGGAACGACGUGCUCACGCUGAACAACUACGCCGCGCACCCGGAGACCCGCAAGCUGGUGCCCUGGAUCAGUCCCUUCUGGAUCGCCAGCGGGCUGAGCAUCCUCAACUACCCGACGGACUUCUUCGAGCUGGUGCGCCGCGGGCGCGUGCGGGUGCAUGUGGACGAGGUGGCGGGCCUGUCGGACCGGACCGUGGCGCUGGGGUCGGGCCGGCGGAUUGAGCAGGUCCGCGCGCUGGUCUGCGCGACCGGGUGGAAGGCCAAGCCGGAGAUCCAGUUUGUGCCGACCUCCCUGGAGCAGGAACUGGGGUUGCCCGAGGCAGAGGACUGCGUGCCCCGCGAGGUGGUGCGGUGCGCCGACCACGAGAUCCGACGACGGUUCCCCCGCCUCCAGCAUCCGCCCCCCAUGGUCCAGGGAUACAGGCCCCUCGCGGCCGAUGCGCCGGCCGCCGCGGGCCAUCCCCUGCGUCUGACCCGGUUCAUGGUCCCCGUGGGCGACCUGGGCAAGGAGCGCUCGAUCGCGUGCCUGGGCCUGACGAUGACGAUCAACACGGCGAUGGUGGCGCAGGCGCAGGCGCUGUGGGUGGCGGCGUGGAUGGGCGAGAAGCUGAACCUGAAGAGUCAAGAGCGGUGUCCCGACCCAGCCAGGAAGGCCCUGCAGGUGCAGUCUUCCUCCAAUGUGGAUGCGGAUCUGGUCUGGGAGAUGACGCUGCACAGUCAGUUCGGGGUGCAUCGCUAUCCGGGCGGGUUCGGGCGCAGGAAUCCGGAUUUCGUGUUCGAUGCGUUGCCGUAUGUGGACUUGCUGUUGCGGGACUUGGGGCUGGAUUAUCGGAGGAAGGGCAAAUCGCUGAAGUGGAUCGAGCCGUAUGGGAUGGAGGAUUAUCGGGGGCUGGUGGAGGAGUGGAUGGUUGACUGA